AUGAAAACCUAUAUAUAAUCAAAACACAGUCCGUCUGUAGCAAUGUAAUGUUUACUGGUUAUAAUUUACUGGUUUGAUGUGUAUCGGUUAACUUUUGAGGAAGAUUAACGGUUUUUUUUUUUUCGCGCUGCGUCCGUUUUGAAAUGUAAAGCGGUUUAUGAAUAUUGACCAAUGAGGAAGUGGUUAGCCGAUAGUGUUUUCGUAAAGUUUCGAGAGAGGGUGUCAGCUGUCAAUUGGACUUUGGCAGUACCUUCAACAGUGACCCGCUCCACCAUGAGUAACUACAGCGUGUCCUUGACCGGACCUUCACCCUGGGGCUUCAGACUACAAGGUGGCAAGGACUUCAGCAUGCCUCUCACCAUCUCCAGACUGACAGAAGGAGGAAAGGCAGUGAAAGCCAAGAUCAGCGUCGGGGAUGUUGUGCUGUCUAUCGAUGGCAUCGCCACAGACGGAAUGACACACCUGGAAGCCCAGAAUAAAAUCAAAGCCUGUACAGGAAACCUGAACCUCUCGCUGCUGAGAUCUUCCAGUAUCACUAAAACAGAGACUUCGAAGGAGGAACCGCAGGAGAUCAUAAAGCCGGUGCCCAUCAGCCAAGCGCCCGGGGCCUCCACCGGCCCCGCCAGCGUUGCUUAUAAUAAGACGGCUCGGCCCUUCGGCGGAACGACUAACACCGUCAGAUCAGUCAGUCCCAAAGCCUCUAUCCCCUCCGCCUCGUCUGCCUUCACCCCAGCCGCUCCGUCCCAGCAGCCUGGCUCCGCCCCCAAACCCACCUCUGGUCACUCCCCCUUCGCUAACUCCUCCUCCACACCCUCCUCUGGCUCCUCCUCCCCGGCGAGAAUGAUGGCUCCGCCCCCGGCCCCCGUCGCCCCUCAUUCGUCCGUCUAUAACACGCCCAUCAACCUCUACUCCAAUGAGAAUGUGUGUGAGGUGGCCUUGGGCCAGAGGCGUGGCCUGCUGGAGAGCAAAGCCACUGGGGAACAGCACAACGGAAAGACUCCUCCCAGAACCGCUCGUAAGCCCGUGCUGGAUCCGGAGGGGAAUCACGUCUCAGCUCUCGGUGAUGCCAGUAAGAAGCGUGUGAUCGAGGACACGGAGGACUGGCACCCGCGCACCGGCACGUCUCAGUCGCGCUCCUUCCGCAUCCUGGCGCAGAUCACCGGCACAGAGAACGAGCAAGCUCAGGAGAACCGGCCGGGGAAGAACGAGGCGGCAGAGGAGCUUCAGCCCAGUUCUCAUGCCACGUCUUCAGUCAAAACCGUGAGCAAAGCGUCCUCUGGAGCCCCGCAGCAGGGCAACGGCGUCCCUCCAGCCGCAGCCAAGAGCCAUCAGUCGAGCAGCGCCGCAGGGUUUCCCAAAGCAGGUGCACCUGUGCCGCAGACGGGCCCCUCGAUCGGACGGGUCAGCAGCAAGGGCCCGGAUCGACCCACACCUCAGGCUCACCCCAGCGACGGGGACGAUUCGCUGGUGCAGAGAGCCGAGCACAUCCCGGCGGGAACACGCACACCCAUGUGUGGACACUGCAACAUGGUCAUCAGGGGUCCGUUCCUGGUGGCGAUGGGCAAAUCCUGGCAUAAGGAGGAGUUCAACUGCUGUCACUGCCGCAGUUCUCUGGCAGACGUGGGUUUCGUGGAGGAGCGCGGCUCCGUCUACUGCGAGCGCUGUUACGAGCAGUUUCUGGCCCCGACCUGCUUCAGAUGCCAGCAGAAGGUUCUCGGGGAAGUCAUCAACGCCCUGAAGCAAACCUGGCAUGUGAACUGCUUCCUGUGCACCGCCUGCCAGCAGCCCAUCCGCAACAACACCUUCCACCUGGAGGACGGACAGCCGUACUGUGAGACCGAUUACUACACCCUGUUCGGCACCAGCUGUCACGGGUGUGACUUCCCCAUCGAAGCGGGCGAUAAGUUCCUGGAGGCGCUGGGGUUCACCUGGCACGACACCUGCUUCGUCUGUACGGUGUGCAGCAUGAGUCUGGAGGGUCAGACCUUCUUCUCCAAGAAAGACAAGCCCUUGUGCAAGAAACACGCUCACACCGUCCAGUUCUGAUCUGAUCUCACGGAGAAACACCUUGCUGGUCAUAUUUGACAUUGUGAGAUUUAUUUCAGUACGUGAAUGUUUAUGAGAAGAGAUAUAUUUGCUUCAGUUUCCGUCAUCAUGAGAUCAGAAACUGCUUCCCUGAGGCUCGGUUUCAUCUUCAGUGUUGUAUUUUGAGUGUGUUAGAGCGAGUAUAUCAUGCGAUGCAGUGUUUUAUUGAGAUCUUGACAUGCAAAAGAUAUUUCACUUGUUAUUUUUAGCAUUACAGAAGUUUAUAUUCUAUUUUCCACAUGUAUUUAAAGAGCCGUGACUCAGUGCUGAUAUAUUUUUCACACUCGUGAGAUCAGCGUUUGGACGGCCGUCUCUCUCCUGCGUCCCGCUGCAGUACAUCCAGCUCUCUUUAUGCAGGUAUAGUUCAUAUUUAUUGAGGCGGGACGGAAGAUUUCGGGGGCUUUGUGCAUAUUUUACUUUCAGAGCGGUGAUAUUUAAUGUUUUAUGAGUUAUUUCUGUGCUCUUUUAUCUGUGUCAGGUUUGUGGGAUGUCUGAUUGUCUCUGUGCCUUUAUUUGUAUUAAUAUACAAAAAUGUGUCAUAUUUAGGCUUAAAGUCAUUCAGAUGCUUUUCUAAUCUUUAGCACUCGUUUUGAAGCUAAUAAGGGUGGUGGUUCAUGUGCAUUCUCGCUGUUUUAGUUGCCUGUAAUUCACUUCUUUAUUCUGAGAUGGGAUGAAAAAAUAAAACACUGUUCUUCUCAAA